ACUUUAUUUGCCUCCCGCGGAUAAAUCCCCAGAAAUCCAAUUUAUUUGCGAGAUGUUUGGCUCGUAUGAAGUUCUAAGAGCCUUCAACUGAGAGGUUCGGUCAUUUUAGACUACAACUAUCACGGGCGGUUUAGGAAACCAUUUACACCUCUCCACAGCCAGCUGAGUAGCAUGUAUCUAUCACAUGAUAUACGCCAUCUUAUAGCUGUCUUUACCUAGCUGAAUUACAGCCUUUCAGUAUUGUGGUAAUGGUAAUUGUAUUUGACACAGUGGUAAAGCUGGAUCUAAUAGCCCAACUGAUAAUACAUCUGCGAAAUUUCUAUAUCGGAUAAGUACAUCUCUGUAAAACUCCCAUGCCAUGAGUUCAAGAGUAGGGCAAGCAGUUGCCAGACUUAAAUCGACUUUUUCGUGUGCUUCAGGCCGGACGAGUCGACCAAAGACUUCGCAAUCCAGUCCUGAUAUCUCGUUAACAUGUAAGCAACUUGGUUUGGAGGACAACAGCGUAAGGGACAUCAUCUCUCAAUUGGGAUCUGAGAGGAGUGAUGGACUAGUUUCUCUGGAAAAUCUACGGCAGCACGUUGCAAAAGGACAUGAAAAGUCAAAAGUGACAGCAAAUAACACCAUCGACGAAAUGAGUGCAAAGAAAUUGAACGACAAGACAAGCGGAAAAGAAAGCUGGGAAAUAGAUAGCGGUGCUCAUGAUUUGAACGGCGAUCCCACUCUACAGCAAAUCAUGUCUGUGGCGAAUUCAAAGGGACAGUCUCGUUCAAGUAACUUCUUGGAACUAGCAAAUACGCUUCAUUUGGCAGCAUUGGCUUCUCUGAAAACAGAAAUUGUUGAGCUAACAGGGAAAGUUCAACAGUUGACUGAGGAACGAGAUCAACUGCAAGCUUCCCUUGCACAUGCCACCCAGGAACGUAAAGAUUUGAUUCAUGAUUAUGAGGACAGACUUACUUCUCAAGCCCACCAGAGUGAACAGCACAUCACAGAACUACAGAGUGUGAUCGCAGAACUCAACAAGAAAUUGUCUCAGUCUGCUGUGGAUAAGUUUGAUGAAUCUGAAGAGCAUGAAAUAGAGUCACAGACAUCUGAACGAGGUUCUCAGAGUGAUUCUGACAGUCUGGCUUCAGAGGAGGGUGUAAAUGAUGACAACACAGAUGAUGAACUGUCUAAAGUAGUUGGUGGGUUGGAGUUUGCUAUUGAUAGACAAGAUAAAGACUCCAAAGUAGAGGACAAGAAAACAACUGCAGAAGAAGGCAUUACACCCAAGGACGAGAAAGCCACAGAAGAUACUGAGAAGAAACCUCUGCAUCAAUUACAAUCUCUUGCAAAACCUGAAGACAAGACAUCUAAAGAACACGAAGAACUGCAGUCUAAAUGCAGAGAGCUCAGAGUUCAGUGUCUAGAACUAGAAAAGAAGAAACAGUUAUUGGAACGUCAGCUACAGCAGACAAGUUUAAAAGAGUGGGUAUCACGAAAAAAGUCUUCUGGAAGCACAGAAGAGCUACAAUCGGUAACAUCUGAAAGAGAUGGCCUGAGGGCAAAACUCAGAAAAAGUGAGGUGGAUUUGGAACAAAUCAGAUCUGAAAAUCAGGGUUUCAGAGAGGAGCGAGACCGACUUAGGAGAAGAGUUCUUGAAAUGCAAGAUCAAUUGAAGCUUCUUCACCAGAAAUCACUUCAGUACGAACAACAAGUAAGGACAAGAGCGAACAGCAUGCAGGGAUCUGGUAGCCAGCCCAGGUCCCCAAGUACACCGCGACGAAACACUCAACCAUCAUCCAGCCAGUCGGGAGUCCGAACGCACACUAGGCAGGCUAGUGUCGGUGCAGCCUCUGAUAUAUCGUCCAAAGAAGGCUUUUUGACAUCUCCUCGUAUUUCACGGCGCUCAAGCACCGAUAAUCUAAGCACUCACAGCCACGGUCGAAGCUCUCAGUCUAUUCCAAAUGGACAAGUCCGCAGACCAAGUAUUUCGGGAGCAGUGUGGGCGUCUGCUGAUGGCAGCUCGCCGAUGCCGUUACGCCACCCAUCAGGUAGUGUCCAGUCGAUCUCAAGUCAGGCGUUUUGGAGGCCUGGGGCUACUAGUGAUCUGGGAUCGUCUAUGCAUGGUUCAACUCAGGAGAUCACUGUUGUAGCUAAAAUGGUGGAUGAUGGUACAUAUGGUGGUGGAAUCACUGGGAUGAAUUGUAUUAAAGCUCUCAGUCAAUUACCAGAAUUUGUUUCUGAUAAGAUGCCUUCGGAUCUUGUCAAAGCUCUGGAGAGUUGUAGGACGGCCCAAGAUGUGUUCAAAGCUUUGUUCACUUAUUGCGACGCACAGGCAGACAAAAGACUUAAGGAGUACGAACUGGAACUUGAAAUGCUGACAAGUCGGUUUGAUCACUUACAAGCUCAAAACAAUGUUGUUUCGUUGUCUUUAGAAGAAAGUAGAAACAAUGCGGAUAGGAUGUGCGUUUUAAUGGGAAAAUACGAGUCAAAUUGUACAGCGCUUCAGUUGGCAUUGAACUUUGCUGACCGAGUCAUUGAGGCAUAUGAAGUUUUGUUGCAGCUCUCCGAAGCAGAGCAGGCGAGACUUUUUGCUAACUGUCGAGCGGCUGGGGUUAAAACUGGUCUCCAUAGCUACGCCAGCUCUCCAACGGAUUCAACUUACAGACUUAUUUACGAAGAAGCGGAAGUCGAUGACAACGAUCGGGUUCCCGAAGAUGUUGAAUCGUGUGUGAAUCGGAGAAGAACGGCCGAGAACGAAGCCCGCAUGCUGUUGCAAAAGCUUGAUCGAAACUUCGAGAGCCAAAAUAACGCUGGUCAACCUUGGGAUUCAGUAUCAUCAAAUAGUAGAACUAGUUCGACAGGCUCGUCCAAUGACAUGGAGUUUACUCCGGAAGAAGAAGCAAGAUUAAAAAGUUACAUUCAACAAUUAAAGUCCGAAAGGUCAACGGUAAGCUUGACAGUAAUUGAAUUGGAAAGCUUGCACGAAGUCGCGCAACCCAAGGAUUUGAAACUAGAGCCGCUUGAUCCUAAAGUAGAUCUGGAAAAUGCCGUGCUUAUGCAGGAACUAAUGGCACUGAAGGAAGAAAAAGCUGAAUUAAAAGCGAAGAACUAUUUAAUUGAAAAGGAGAAGAAAGCUUUAGAAUUGAAGAUCACAUCACGUGACGCCCAAGAACAGGCGUACUUGGUUCACAUUGAACAUUUGAAAACUGAGAUGCAGGAUGAAAUCAGGAGACGAAGAAGGAUUCAGAAGGACGCUGGCGUCGCUAGUAGCAAGUCGGACGAGAAGUCAGGUGGAAGUCCCUCCGGCACUCCGUCCAUCACCCUCGCUGAAUUAAAAACUUCAGAUGAAGACAUUCCACCGGACCUGUAUGAAGCUGCUAGGAGAGAGAAGAAACUUAAGGCAAGAAUACAGGAACUCGUAGAAACUUUGGAAACCCUCUCCAAAAACUCGGAAACGAGGCAUCAGCAGACAGCAGAAUACGUGGCGGACUUGAAGAAAGCAAAUGGCGCGCUUGUGGCUGCGUACGAGAAAGCGAAGAAAAAGCACGGAGCCAGGCUGAGAAAGCUAGAGCAACAGAUGAUUACUAUGGUGGAGAGACACGACGCGCAGGUACGAACAAUGAAAGAAAGGAUAUCGCUUCUUGAAGAGGAACUGAAGACCACGGCAGCUCGGCAGAACGAAACAGCGCUUUAGUUCCGUCGUAUGAAUGACGUAGUAUCGUCGCAAGAACCGUCACUUCAUUUGCAGAAUGAGAUAGCACUAGGGUUGCCCGUCCUAUGUCCACGUUCUUAAAUUGUAAACAAGUAAGGCCAAAAAGUGGAAUAGGAACUAGCCAUCUAGUUCAUGUGACAAUCAAGUGUUCAAUGAUCUCUAAAUAUGAGUAACCCUUAAGACGCGUCCGUGACGACAGCGUUACAGUUGUGUGUCCCACGCAUUGUGGGACAGUUACUCUUUGGCUAGAAUUUCGAGUCCAUAUGCAAAUACUUUACAUAAUCCCUUUGUCUUCUAAAUAUAUUUUAUUAACAAUAUUUAAGACCUUCAUGGCUGAAGGAGUAAUUGCUUAUGUAAAUACCUACAAAUCAGGCUUGAGAAAGUUUUCAAGUAGUAACGCUUCCUGGGGUAAUUUCCUCAGCCUGCUGAGGUUAGCAAGGGUCUCAUACUGUUAAAAUUUUCUUGGCUUCCCUCUGUAGCUUUUUAUAUUAUAGAACAGAAAAAUAAAGGUUACUCAAUGUA